GGAGGUUGACCAGCCAGCUUUCAGUGACCCACAAAGACAAAACUGUAAUCUCAAGAAAAUAACAAAAGUCGCUUCUCAUCCAUGUUCAGAGCACCGUCACAAAUACUCAAAAGGGCAUAUCAUCCAGGCCCUUCACGCUUUGGUUCAUAUCCACUUCUUCCCUCUUCCUCAGCCAUCACAUCCUACCCAGAACCGCUACCAGUACCAGAGCAUAUCCGUCGCCCGCAGUAUGUGCCAAUCAACUUUUUUACCGCCCCUUGGGGGGAGCAUAAUAUUCCAGAGAUGGGAGUAGAUAACGAAACUGAAGGAGCGAGGAUAGCUCUGGGCAGUAAAGAGGAAUGGGGUGUCCGAAUGGCUUGCAGAGUUGCUGCAGAUAUUCUGAAGAGAGCAGGGCACCGUAUUGUAAAGCCAGGAAUAACAACGGCCCAGGUGGACAAAGCCAUUCAUGAAAUGAUUAUUGAGCAUGGCGCUUAUCCUUCUCCUCUCGGGUACUCCAAUUAUCCGAAAAGCUGCACGACGUCUAUCAACAACGUUAUUGUUCAUGGUAUACCUGACAACCGCCCUUUACAUCCCCAAGAUAUCAUAAAUAUCGACCUGACGAUUUAUCUGGACGGAUAUCAUGGAGACACAUCAGCCACAUUCGUCCUCCCUGAAGUAGACAAGCUAGGACGUGAGCUUGUAUCCGCUACUCAAGAAGCGUUAGAUCUGGGCAUUCGUGUGUGUAAACCAGGCGUGCAAAUUAGCGAGAUCGGAAAGGUGAUUGGGGAAUUUUCUAAAAGACAUGGAUUCUCCGUGAAUUCCCAGAUAUCAGGACAUGGGAUUGGUAAAGUGUUUCAUCAACCGCCUUGGAUUUUCCAUGAUGUCAACUCAGAGCCGGGAAAGAUGAUGCCAGGAGACUGUUUCACUAUUGAACCCUGUCUCGUACAAGGCGUCAACUCGAGAGGUGAUAUAUGGGAUGAUGGAUGGACCCUAGCCACAAGAACGGGAGCUCGGGCCGCCCAGUUCGAGCAUCAAGUAUUAAUCACGGACGAUGGGGUAGAAAUAUUGUCAAUAUAAACAACUCCUCACAAGAUCCGCAAUACAAAGAUUGCGGCAUAUGGAUAUAUAUCUACUUCCAAUUAGAAAAAAGACAACCAUACUCCGUAACCACCUUAUUGUGAUCAGACGCUUCCAGGAACUCUAAAUCCCUGCGUUGCCAGGGUCCUUAUGCUAUUUACAUCGAUGUUUUGAAUU